CUGCUAGCUUGUUGCUGACACCUCCUGACUCUAGCUUUAUAGGAGGGGAAAAAUCCUUCAAAUUGAGCUGCAUUGUCACUGUAACGUUCCACAACCAAUCUCUUCGUUGUUUCGGAUGAGCGAACUCUCGAAGUCGGCCCGUACUCGGAAACAGUCUUUCCGUAUGCGUUAACACGAAGCAAAGGAGUUUCGUCUUUCUAUCUUUUGUGUGUGCGUGUGGAACGUGCAUCCCCGGUGCGGAGGGAACGCUGUGAGACACAUUGUCAGCAGAACGCAACACACAACGAUGUUGCUGAAGGAGUACAGGAUUUGCAUGCCACUCACUGUUGAAGAGUACCGCAUUGGACAGCUGUACAUGAUCAGCAAACACAGCCAUGAACAGAGUGACCGAGGAGAAGGUGUGGAAGUCGUCCAGAAUGAACCGUAUGAAGACCCCUUGCACGGGCAGGGACAGUUCACAGAAAAAAGGGUCUACCUCAACAGUAAACUUCCCACCUGGGCUCGAGCAGUGGUUCCAAAAAUCUUCUACGUGACUGAGAAGGCGUGGAACUAUUACCCUUACACUGUUACAGAAUAUACUUGUUCGUUCCUUCCCAAGUUCUCCAUUCACAUAGAGACAAAAUAUGAGGACAACAAAGGCAUCAAUGAUAAUAUCUUUGACUCUGAGUUGAAGGACCAGGAGCGGGAAGUGUGUUUUGUUGACAUCGCUUAUGACGACAUCCCUGACCGCUACUAUAAAGAGUCUGAGGACUUGCGAUACUUCAAGUCAGAGAAGACAUCCCGGGGCAUGCUUCAAGAGGGAUGGCGGGACACGGAGCAUCCCAUCAUGUGCUCGUACAAAUUAGUCACAGUCAAGUUUGAGGUGUGGGGUCUACAGACACGUGUGGAGCAGUUUGUGCACAAGGUGAUUCGAGAUGUGUUGCUGCUUGGACACAGGCAAGCCUUUGCUUGGGUGGAUGAAUGGAUUGACAUGACAAUGGAUGAGGUGAGAGAAUUUGAGCGGACAAUCCAGGAGGCCACGAACGAGAAGAUUGGGAUGUUCCCCCCAUCAAUCUCCAUCAAUGAGACCCCACUCUCCUCCUGUUCCCUCACCGGCCCCGCCAGCGCACCCUCCACUCCCUUGUGCACCGAUGCCCCUGAUUCCCUGUCAGUCUCCAACGACCGUCCCCGCAAAAAGUCAGCUCCAGAAACCCUGACCCUUCCUGUGCCGUCUCUAAGCGGUGUACAGCAGGGAUCUGUCACAAACACACUUCCUUCUUUGAUUCAUCUACAGUCUUCAAUGUCGCCUUCCACCAGUUGUGGUCCUGCUGAGAUAGGAGAGCAGUAGACGGACCUUUGAAUGUAUUCCCUGCACUUCUGGUCGGUUGUAUUCCCAAAAUCACGUUGAGUUUAGUCCAAACUCCAAAGAUUGGUGCCCAAAUAUUAAUGGUCCUUCUUUAUUGCGAAAUAGUCAGUUCCGGAGCGUCGAUAAACCCUAAAUCCUUGUGAUUUUAGGGUACUUUUUCAGGAAAAUAAUCUAUUAAAAAGAUCGUUUUUCAAAGAUUGAGAAAACAAAACUGUUCCCAUUCUCACAACGCUAUAAUCUGCAUGUCAUGCCAGUCACAUGCACACAGUUUGUCCUUCUGGUCUUAAAGCACAUCUCACACUUUAGUGGAGCAGUGUUAUCAAGCUCAUUAUUUGGAGCGACCAAUUUAUAUUUUUAUUUUUAAUCAGCUUACAGUUAAAAACAGCCCCAUAUAAAGAACAUUUCUUUGACCUUCACUUCCACUUUAGAUGAUUUGUCAUUAUUUUGCUGAACAGAAGUCCUAUGCAUUUGCUGACUUUCCUUUGUUGUCCUUAGUGUGCAUUAUAAGAUUUAUUGAACCAAUAAGAUGUAUAUGCCUUACACGAGCACCGCAGAGCUACAUGUUUAUUCACAACACAGUGCAGUUAGCACAGAACAUACACAAGUUCGAGUUCACAUGAAGAAGGCUGCAUGGUUAUGUUCUUAGGGCCCUACAGUGCCAUCAUUCAUUUAACUGAAUACACCAAGGAUGACAGGAUCAGUGUUCAUACCUCAGGUCUCCUUUCCUCUACUUACAGAUGUCACUGUAACCUUGCUCUCCUUGCUUAUUGCCAAACAGCCACGUUUUAUAUCACAACACAGCCUAUAGCUUCUAAUACUGAACCCUCAGAAUGUUUACAAUCAUACAAGUUUUGCCUAUGCGUAAUAAAGCCAUUGAGCACACUGGCAAUCUUGGGAUAACAGUGUAGCCAUACAUGAACUUGUGGGCAGUACAUGUAUGCUCGGGUGGCUCACAUGGCAUACAGAAUUGUACGAAACUAUCACUAGCAAUCCUAUAUUGACCAUACAUAACUUAGUCAGACCUCCACAGUGACUGAAAUGUUAAACAUUACAUGAAAAAUCAUCAAGCGUCAUAUUUAGUAUAUAUGUUAGACAACAGGCUACUUCCUGGCUCAUAGAAGACCAUUCCAAUAACGUUGCAGCAGCGAUAAGUCAUUGUUCCACCUUUCUUCAGAUCCUAAUAAACAUUUAAUAGGUUCCUUGGCCCUUGCACCAGCCCCUCCAUACAAUCUUUUGAAGUCAUUUCUGUAAUUGUUUACAUUUUCUCAACAUCCUGCUAGCUGGACCGACUUUGCUAAGUCAAAAUGACUGUUGUGAGAGAAGUCAUGAAAACAAUAAAAGCUUGUGGCAGCUCUCUUACAGUAGUGUAAAUGCCAUCCAACCUAAUCAAAUCACUUUGUUGUAUUGUGGAGGGCGAAAAGGCCAAUUUGGACGAAGUGUUACUCUGUGUAAUAUAUCUAAAUGCCAAGUGUAGUGGAAGGAGCCUCAAAGCUCUUUCUCAAUAUUGUGGGCAUGUGCAUCAAGCUGACUUGAGUAUGUGCUAUCACUGCAUUACUGUUGAGUGAUGGUCAGAGCAUCAUUCUUUAUUGCCAUGUCACUCAAACUGUCUAUAUUUUCACUACCUGAUGAAAAACCAUGUAUGUAUUUGUACUCCUCCAAAUCAUUUUCCCCCAUAAAAAUGAAACACACACAAAUCAGA